UUACAGCCGAGAACCAUGGCACUCAUUACAACAGGGGUCCUCCUCCAAGUUCUUGCAUUUCUCGUCAUAUUCAUCGGUGCAACGUGCAGCUACCUCACGCAUGUUGCCUACGAUUACUGGAAUUCAAAAGGGAUUGUCCAGUCCAAACCGAUGACACCGUUUGGAAGCUUGUGGCCGGUCUUCAGUUCGCAAAAAUCUAUUGGUGAAAUGUUACGCGAUGGAUAUCUGCGUUUCAGGAAAAAUCGCAUCUUUGGAAUAUACUCGUUCUACAAGCCUAACUUGGUCAUAUGUGACCCUGACAUCAUCCGUUUUGUGCUGACAAAAGAGUUUUCACGAUUCCAAGACCGCGGGAUGUACUACAACGAGGAAUACGAUCCGAUGUCAGCCCACCUGUUCCUGAUUGGUGGAACAAAAUGGCGAAAUUUGCGAAUAAAGUUUACCCCAACGUUCACGUCCGGUAAGAUGAAGCAAAUGUUCAGCACGGUGAAAGACACCGCGGACAAUUUGGGCAAGUGUUUAGCAGAAGAAGUGCAGAAGAACGGACUGAUAGAAAUCAGGGAUCUCGUGGCAAGGUUUUCCACAGAUGUGAUCGCGUCGGUUGCUUUUGGAAUAGAAUGCAACAGUCUUCAGAAUCCAAUGGCAGAAUUUCGUACCUGGGGUAGAAAGGUUUUGGAACCUAGGCCAGUCAAGAACACAUUAUUUGCGUUGUGUCCAGCAGUGUUGAAGUUCUUCAACGCCACCAUGACGGACAAAGGGGCGUCCGAUUUCUUCAUUAAAGCAUUCAAAGACACCGUAGAGUACAGAACAGCUAACAACGUCGUUCGAAAAGACUUUUUGGACCUGAUUAUGCAGCUAAUGAACAAGGGUUACAUCAAUCCUGACGAGAGCAAGGGGGACGUGUUCGCCUCAGAAUCCCGCGAGAAGAUCACUAUACUGGAGGGAGCAGCGCAGGCAUUCGUUUUCUGGAUCGCCGGAUUCGAAACAUCGUCGACAACGGUGACACACUGCACUUACGAGAUGGCACUGAAUCAGGAAAUUCAGGAUAAACUAGCCAACGAAAUAAACACGGUGCUGGAAAGAUUCGGAGGUUUGACUUACGAGAGCAUAAAUGAGAUGCCUUAUCUGCACAAAGUGGUUUCAGAGACCCUGAGAAAGUACCCAUCAGUUCCACUUCUCAACAGAGAAUGCAAUCGCGAGGUUGAACUGCUUGACACUGGCUUUGUCGUUCCAACUGGAACCCCGAUAAUCGUUCCGGUUCUAGGGAUCCAUUUCGACCCUGACAUUUAUCCUGAUCCAGACAAAUUCGACCCGGAACGAUUCAGCGAAGAAAACAUCGCCAAAAGACACAAAUACGCUUACCUUCCAUUCGGCGAAGGUCCCAGAAACUGCAUCGGAAUGAGAUUCGGCCUCCUCCAAACAAAAAUUGGUCUUAUCACCUUGUUCUCAAAGUAUCGUUUUAAGCCGGGACCAGACACCAAGGUGCCCCUACCAGUCGACAAAGGAAACAUACUACACGGCCCUCUCGGCGGAGUGACAUUUAAAGUCGAGGAGAGAUACUGAUUAUAUAUAUAAGAUAAAUCGGUGGUUUUUGUCGUCGCCGUUCUUAGUGUUUUAUCUGUAAUGAUAAGCUGUUAUUUUUUAUCCGAUACCUUGCAAAAAGGU